AUGCAACUUGCCGCAUUGGACCCUCCUCCUCCCACCAAUCCCAUUUUUCGGAGUGUAGAGAGUCAGACUCAAGGGAGGAGCAGAAGGAAAGGCAGUCUUACUGUGAGACCGAGCGGAAGGGGAAGAGCAGGACCUUCGAGUUCCGCGCUUGUCGAGCUGAAUCGACGCGUUCUGGCUUUGGAAAGUUUUUCAAAGGCUGAGGAAACGUCGCUAGAAGAACCGUUUUAUUCUGAAGAGGACCUGGCGGCGUUUUAUAAGGACGUUCUUGCCCACACGCUCGAAGUCGAAGAACAACCAGAACAACUCGUUGACCCUGAGGCUUUGAGGCUCGCGAGAGUCGAAGAGGAUAAAGGCAUCGUCGAAGAUUUGGAUCAGCGGUUUUUGGUGGAUGCCAGCGCUGUGGCUUUGGAUGAGUCUAGUGUUCCACAAGAGGAUACCUAUCGGCGUGUGUUAAGCCGCGUAUAUGCUGUCGUGGCGCGUGUUGAGGCAGUCCGUAUGCACGCUGCGGAGGCAGAGGCUGGGCCUUCGAAUCGUCAGUCGAGUUCUAUCCCGAUGGGGUUGUUGACUAUGAGGGAAUGUGAGGCGCUUAUUGGGGUGUCGGUUGAAGCGAGGGACGGUGAAGGGGCUGAGCUGGCUAUGGGACUCAUGAUGCGAAUGGGUCUUCCCCUACCAGAGACUGCAAUCAGCGACGUCCUAGAGCUAUACUCUGAUGUAGGGGACACAACAGGAGCUGAUAGACUACUUAAUCGAUACCUAACCGCCGCACCCACGGACACCCAAAAACACCUCCACAUCCAAGCCCACCUAAAAGCAACACCCCUCGAAGAACUACCCACAUCCGCGCUAGAUACCCUACACAGCUACGAAGCUCGAGCCCAGGCAGCGCCAAUGCAAACAUAUACCGCCGUCAUCACCUCCCUUUUCUCUCGCCCCUCAUCCAUCGCACGAGCCCAAGCAUGGGAUCUCUUUUCCCACAUGCGCUACGUUGCCCAUCCCAACCCAGACGCCCUCUUAUACACACUCAUGAUCCGCGCCUGUGCCUCCCCAAUAUCAUCCGCCCUCUCCUCCGAGCUGGAGAAAGCACUGGACUUUUGGACGGAAAUGACGGUGGACCAUAGGAUAAUACCGACGGUUGGAGCGUAUAACGCCGUCAUCCUGGCGUGUGCGAGGUCAGGAACGGAGAUGUACGUGAAUGAGGCGUUUCGACUCGCGAGGCAGAUGCUGGAUUCGCAUCGGGAUGCGGAGGGAAAGUCGGCGUAUAGACCUGAUCGGAAGACGUUUUGUGCGUUGUUGGAGGGCGCGAAGAGGAUUGGGGAUUUGGGGAGGGCGAGGUGGAUAUUGGCGGAGAUGGUGAGGGGACGGGAGGCGGAAGAUGUUAAUGCGCCGGUGGACGCUGGGGUGGAUGAGGAGGUUAUGAUGCAUCUGUUUCAGACGUAUGCGGCAUAUCGACCGCCGUUUCAACGCGCGAAGACUCGGUUGGUUCAGGAGGAUACGAGUGAGGGGGUCAAGGAAGGCGUUGAGAGCAAGGGCGUUGUGGAGGAAAAGGCCACGGAAGAGAAGCCUGCCGAGAAGGUAUUCCAAGAAAUAAUGAUGGAAAAUCAAGACGAAGCACCGUCAUUCGCACAUCUCCCGCCUCAGAGCCAUGCAGAGGUUCUGCAAGAGGUCAAAUCCUUAUUCCAGCGCAUUUGCGAAGAACGUGGUUCAGCAGAUGAACCUAAUGCUGAUCAGCUGAAAUUCAAAGACGUCCAGUUAACGCCCCGACUGGUCAAUUCGUACCUGGCCGUUUUUUACAAGCAUGCUUCAUUGAGCACAUCUCAAGAUCUUUUCUGGAAAAUAUACGAAGAAUUGGGGGUAGAUCGGAGUACACGGGCUUACCUUGAGGCUCUGGAGAGGUGUGGGAAUGCUAAGAAAGGGGAUGAGAGGGUCGUUGCGCUCACAUUUGCAGAAGAGCUUUGGGAGAGUUGGAAGGCCAUCGAGGCGUCUGGGAAGCAUGAUGGAAGGCCGCUGAAUGCGAGAAUGAUUGAAAGAGCGCAUGUGGCGAUGACUCGUGUGCUGGUGCUAAACCGACAGGUCAAUCGAGCAAUGGAUCAGAUCAGAGCCUUCGCUGCCCGGUACGACCCCCAAGCUCUACGGACACCCUCCGUAAAACCCGACCUAAGAUCUACGCGUACAUUGCUUGACGGUUCUCGUCCCCUCGUUCGGAUGACCUCGACAACAGAGGUGCCAGAUGACCACGUCCCCCCGUUCUUGACAUUUGCGGACGUUGAGAUCGUGCACCAUCGGCUGGUGGCGCUUGGAAUGUACAAGGACAUUGGAUACCUGAAGUGGUUAUGUAAGGCGUAUGAGUGGGCUUUGAGAGUGAGAAAGGACCAGGCUGCGAGGGCUCCUUUUGUUAAGAGCGAACCAAUAAGACCUGCGGUGGCGAGUCCGACAAGGAAAAUGGAUUAG